UACCGCGUGGCCCAGAGCUUCGUCUUUGCCAUUGAGGAGAUCAACAGGAGCACCCACCUGCUGCCCAACCUGACACUUGGCUUCUCCAUCCGCAACUCUGGGGACUCUGUGCAUGGGGCCAUGUAUGAGACCAUGGCCUUCCUCACGGGACAGGAAGAUCCUGUCCCCAACUAUGUGUGCCACUUCGGUGUACCCCGGGCUGCCCUGGUGGGAGACACACGCUCAGCCCUCUCUGUGGCCAUGGCCAGACUUCUAGGUCUCUAUAAGUUUCCCCAGGUCAGCUAUGCAUCCACACUACCCAGCCUCAGUGACAAGACCCAGUUCCCAUCAUUUCUGCGCACCCGUGCCAGUGACCUCACGUCCACCUACGCUGUGACCCAGCUGGUGCUACACUUGCGAUGGUCCUGGGUAGGCAUUCUGGCCCAAGAUGAUGACUUUGGACAGCAGGCUGGCACUCUGGCCACACAGGAGUUGGGCCAGGGAGGUGUUUGUAUCAACUUUCACCUGCAUGUCCCUUCCUGGCAGUCCCCUGAGAAAAUUGAUGAUAUUGUGCAGAAGAUGGGGAAGAGCACAGCAAAAGGGGUCCUGGUGUUCCUGAGUAAUACAAAUUUUGAACUCAUCCUGCGGCGCCUCGUAGGCAUCCGUGUCCUCGGUCAGGUCUGGGUCAGUGAAGGCCUUUUGCACACGGUGAUUGCUCUAGUCACACCGGGUGCCUCUUGGGUUCUGCAAGGAGCUUUUGGUCUUAAAAUACGCAGUAGCCAUGCGCAUGGGCUCCAGGAGUUCUUUGAAAGCCUGCACCCCAGUCGGACCCCAGAGGACAUAUUCUUGGAGAGGUUUUGGGAAGCCACCUUUGGGUGUAUGUGGCCAAAUGGUAGUGACACUGUGACAAGGGAUGUGAAGCUUUGCUCAGGCACUGAGAAUCUCAGAGGCCAUGAGUAUCCUUUCCAGGAUGUGAGUAGAGUGGAUGCUGCAUACCCAGCUGUCUACACCAUUGCCCAUGCCCUGCAGGACCUGGUGACCUGUGAACACGAGGUUAAGGCACGUGGAGAUCUCGGACACCUCCAGCCCUGGCAGCUCCUUCACCCCUUGAGAGAGGUGAACUUCCGGACCCCUGAUGGGACUCACCUCAUGUUUGAUGUCAAUGGAGAUUUGGUGGCAGCAUUUGACAUCCUCCAAGCACAACAGAUCCGUGAGGGCCAGUUCCACUUUGUCCACAUUGGCACAAUGGACCCAGAUCCCACUUCAGGAGACACAGUGAUGAUCCAGUUGAAGGAUGACGUCCAGGUGCCGAGCUCUGUGUGCAGCACCAGCUGUGAACCAGGAUCCAGCCAGAUCCCCCAGCUGGGAGCCCCUCACUGUUGCUUUGAGUGCCGGCCCUGCCCUGAGGGACAGUUUGCAGACCAGAGAGACAUGAAGAGCUGCCUGCGGUGCCCUGAGGAGCAGUACUCCAGCCAGGCCAGAGACCGCUGCCUGCCCAGGACAGAGACCUUCCUAGCCUUUGAGGAGCCCCUGGGCCUUGCGCUGACCUUGGUGGCACUGGCACUGGCUGGCCUGGCGUGCCUGGUGCUCGGGGUGUUCCUGAGGUUCCGGCACACACCUGUGGUCAGGGCCAACAACAGGGCCCUCAGCUAUGUGCUCCUGGUUUCCCUGACCCUCUGCGCCCUGAGUCCCUUACUGUUCCUUGGCCGCCCCUCACACGUCUCCUGCCUUCUACGCCAGACCACAUUUGCCGUGGUGUUCACUGUGGCCGUGUCCUGUGUCCUUGCCAAGACCCUCACUGUGGUAAUGGCCUUCAGGGUCACCAGGCCGGGACACAGGGUCUGCCUGUGCCUAGCUCCCAGUGCCUCCUCCUCCGUGGUCCUGGUCUCCUCCUUGGUGCAGGUCAUUUUGUGUGGGGUCUGGCUGGCAACCUCCCCACCAUUCCCACAGAAGGAUGCAGCAUCAGAGCCUGGCCGCCUCGUGCUGCAGUGUCAGGAGGGCUCUGGUGUGGCCUUCUCCUGCGUGCUGGGCUACCUGGGCCUCCUGGCCAUAGGCACUUUCUGUGUGGCCUUCCUGGCACGGGGCCUGCCAGAUGCCUUCAAUGAGACCAAGUUCCUGACCUUCAGCAUGCUGCUGUUCUGCAGCGUGUGGACAGCCUUCCUGCCCCUGUACCACAGUGCACGGGGCAAGGCCAUGGUAACUGUGGAGGUCUUCUCCAUCCUGGCCUCUACAACAGGGCUGCUGGGGGGCAUCUUCCUCCCCAAGUGCUACCUCAUCCUGCUGAAGCCUGAAAGGAAUACCGCACGCAGUUUGAGGUCGGGACCCUGGGCUUAG